GCUCUAUUCUACCCGUUUACGUUAACAUACCAAACAAUUUAUUGUUAUCAUGCGCCUGAAAUGAAAUGUCACUCAAAACCUAGACAAAUUCCCAAAUUCUCUCUUCCUCCCUCCCCCUCUCUCUUUCUUGGCGCUUUUGAAGAAAGGGGAAAAAAAAAAAUUCACAACAGUCUCUUGGAGUUUUAACAGGUUCAACUUUUCUCCUUCUGUUCUGGAAUUUCUCUUUGCAUUCUAGCUAUGUUAUCAAAUUUUUUCAAGUUAGGGUGGUCCAAUCACUGCAAAAGCAAAAACCCAUUUUAGAAAUUGGCAGAUAGAAAAUUUUGAAUCUAGGGUUUGGACGUAUGCUCUGCUUUUGUAACUUUAAUCAUAGGGAAAUGCUGUUGAAUUGAGCAUCAUUUUUUUUGUUAUAUAUUGAUUUUGUGAAGUAAUAGUUGUUAAUGUAUCUUUGUUGGAAUGGGUAAUGUGGAAAUACCCAGAUGGCUUAAAGAUUUGCCAUUGGCACCUGAGUUCCGCCCUACAGAUACUGAAUUUGCUGACCCAAUUGCUUAUAUUUCGAAAAUUGAGAAGGAAGCUAGUGCUUUUGGUAUUUGUAAGAUUAUACCACCUUUGCCUAAACCUUCUAAAAGAUAUGUUUUUGGUAACUUGAAUAAGUCCCUUUCCAAGUGCCCGGAAUUGGGUGAUGCGGUGGAUUUGUCAAAUGGUUGUUCUUCAUUGAAAACAGGUUCAGCGGAUGGUGGUAAUGAUGGAGAAGUUAGAGCUGUGUUUACCACUAGGCAUCAGGAGUUAGGACAAGGUAUGAAGAAAACAAAAGGGGUGGUUAAGGAGAAUCCACAAUUGGGUGUUCAUAAGCAAGUAUGGCAAAGUGGGGAGAUUUACACAUUGGAUCAGUUUGAGUCUAAGUCAAAGGCGUUUGCCAGGAAUUCGUUGGGUAUGAUUAAGGAGAACAAUCCAUUGACUAUAGAAGCAUUGUUUUGGAAGGCAGCUUCUGAGAAGCCUAUCUAUGUGGAAUAUGCAAAUGAUGUUCCUGGGUCGGGUUUUGGGGAGCCAGAGGGUCAGUUUCGGUAUUUUCAUAGACAAAGGAGGAAGAGGGCAUCCUAUAAGUCAUAUCGCAGGAGUACAGAAAGUUCUGGUUGCAAGGAAAAUGAAAUGGGUAAUGUAAAUAAUUCAUGUAACUAUGAAGUUAAAGAUUCUGUUAUUAAAAAUGAGCCAAGUACAUCUUCAAGGAUGGUAUCCAAAUCAUGUAUUACUUCAACUUCAAAUUUGGAGGAAACACUAAAAUCUUCUAAGAGAAAAAGUGUAAACGUUAGUAAUGAUAUGGAAGGUACUGCAGGUUGGAAGCUAUCUAACAGCCCUUGGAAUCUGCAAGUGAUUGCACGCUCACCUGGCUCAAUUACACGGUUCAUGCCAGAUGAUAUCCCAGGUGUUACUUCUCCUAUGGUUUAUAUUGGCAUGCUGUUUAGUUGGUUUGCUUGGCAUGUUGAAGAUCAUGAGCUUCACAGCAUGAAUUUUCUUCAUACUGGCUCUCCAAAGACGUGGUAUGCUAUACCUGGAGACUAUGUGUUUGCUUUUGAGGAAGUUAUCCGCAACAAGGCUUAUGGUGGCAGCAUUGAUCGCUUAGCUGCUUUGACAUUGUUGGGAGAGAAGACAACCCUUUUGUCACCUGAGGUGGUAGUUUCAUCCAGCAUUCCUUGUUGUAGGUUGAUACAGAAUCCUGGUGAAUUUGUUGUGACUUUUCCGAGGGCUUACCAUGUAGGAUUCAGCCACGGUUUUAACUGUGGAGAAGCAGCUAACUUUGGCACUCCACAAUGGCUUAAAGUAGCUAAAGAAGCUGCAGUACGCAGAGCUGCCAUGAAUUAUCUUCCCAUGCUUUCCCAUCAGCAACUGCUAUACCUCCUAACUAUGUCCUUUGUUUCAAGAGUGCCAAGAUCACUGCUACCAGGUGCUCGGAGUUCUCGUCUUAGAGACCGUCUUAAAGAAGAAAGGGAGUUGUCAGUGAAGAAGUCUUUUAUAGAAGAUAUGUUAAAAGAAAACAGCAUUUUAUCUGUUCUUCUCGGGAAAGGUUCCACUCAUAAUGUGUUAAUAUGGAACCCUGAUUUAUUGCCAUGUGCAAGUAAAGAGUCUCAAUUGCCAAGUACUGUUGCUACCACACCAGAAGAAAAUGUUUCCCAUAUUCAUUCUGAAGAUAAUUGUAACACUGCUGAGAAUGAUCUGUUUAAGGAGAUGAGUUUGUAUAUGGAAACUCUCAAUGAUUUAUAUGUGGAUGAUGUUGAUAUAUCCUGUGAUUUUCAAGUUGAUUCUGGGACACUGGCAUGUGUGGCUUGUGGGAUCCUUGGUUUUCCAUUUAUGUCUGUGGUGCAACCAUCUGAGAAAGCAUCAAUGGAACUCCUCCCUGUCGAUCAUCCUUUGGUCCAAGAAGGAUCAAGAGUUGAAAACUCUGAUAGUUGUCAUGCCUCUGCAGCCUGUGGUGACUCUAUGAAGAGCUCUGUUCCAGUCUCUUCAGGUUCUAAAGUAAGUCGGUGUUCUAUAUUUGCUUCUGCAGAUGAUCACCCUCCUGUGUCUCACCUUUCUAGGCCAGUGGGGGAUCUGCCAAUGCCCAGAGGGUGGAAUAAUUCUAGAAAAUUUCUGAGACCUCGGAUUUUCUGCUUGGAGCAUGGUUUCCAAAUUGAGGAGCUUCUGCAGUCUAAAGGUGGAGCUAACAUGCUUAUAAUUUGCCAUUCAGAUUUUCAAAAAAUUAAGGCACAUGCUGCUGCCAUUGCACAGGAUAUUGAUACUGCUUUUAAUUAUAGUGAGUUUCCCCUAGAAACUGCAUCCCAGGAAGACCUGAACUUGAUAUAUCUUGCAAUUGAUGAUGAAGACCAUGAUGAAUGUGGAGAAGACUGGACCUCAAAACUUGGGGUCAACUUACGGCAUUGUGUAAAGAUUAGAAAGAACUCUCCAUCUAAUAAAGUUCAGCAUGCAUUAGCACUGGGGGGUCUAUUUUCUGAUGGAAGUUCCAGUUCUGAUUUCUUAAACGUCAAAUGGCAAUCCAGAAGAUCAAGGUCAAGAACUAAGUUAAAUCAGUCUAAUUUCUGCAAGCAUCAUGACAGUGGUGAAGCGAAGAAAGAUGACAUAUUGGGAAAGAAGUCAAAUAGUGUCAUUGUUAAAAAAGAAGACAAACUCAUUCAAUAUACAAGAAGGAAGUACAAGGUGAAAAUAGAUUGUUCCACAAGUUGGGUUCAAGGCUGCCCUAAGAAGCAUGCAGUCGAAGAAGUUCCUGUUACUUGUUGUGAAGAUCUUGUUAAACAUACCGGAAAAAAAUCUGAGACUAGCCCUUGUAAUGAUGACAUUUGUGGCAGUGAGUCUGCAGGAUUUGGUCUGUCUCCCAGUGGAACAUCUGAAGUGCUACACGAAGUCCAGGUGCUUGAAGCAAUAGGUGACAGGGGCCUGAAUUCUGCUCCUUUACUUGUUGCAGGUUCUCUGAUUGCCAAUAUAACUGUUGGACAUGUGGGGGAGGUUGAGGAUCAACCUUUGGAAGUAUCGAAUGGAUAUGAGAGUGUAUGCAAAUCAGCAGCCUCUGGUAGUUUGGAUAUGCAGCAUGAAGAAAAGGUCACUGCAGGAACCAAUGAGAUUGAGGAUUAUAAUGCUACAGAAUGCUCUAUUCCUUGUGUGAUGAAAGCUGAUGAAGGGUACGUAAUGCAAGGAGAAAAUAUCAGCCUUGGGAACGAAUACUGUAAUCUGGUUUCUGAAGGGCAGCAAGAAGUCCUGGCGGGUAGGAGUGUUUUGGUGAAUGAGUUUCCUGAUCUUGUAAAACCAGCAAGUUUACAUGCUUCUCAUUCACUUGUGGGACAAAUGGAAAACAUAGUUGAAGAGAUAUCUUGCAAGGAUAGUAAGGUCUGCGAUCACAAUUUGGACAAUGAAUUGAAGGAAGAAUUCCAAACUACAGCCAAAAGUAAUGGCAGCCAAUACAUUUCAUGUGAAGAAAAUAAGCUUGCUGCCUCAUUGGAAGAAAGGGUUGAAUUUCCUCGUCUGACCAGUGCUGCUGAAGAUAAACUGCAGGAUGAAGCUGAAAUUACUAUUGGAAGUAAUGGGGAGAAAUUGAUUCCAAGUAAUGCUAGAUUGACAAGUCUCCCAAAUCAUAUCUCUGUGGAUGGAAGUUCUGAUAUUUCCAGGGGGCCCUGUCCUGCAGUCAACUCAUGCAAUGAUUUGAAUUUGGAGAAUGUGAUGCAGCAGGCAAUUAUGACCUCAAGUGAAAGGAAAAAGGAAUACAUCUCGUGUUCUGUUACACAAAUGGAAAUAGAUCAGCCUACGUUUCCUUCAGGGGAAGGAUGUCCUAAAGGUAAAGGGAUGUCAGCUGAAGAAGACUUUUGCCCUGGCUCCACCUCAGAUUCUGAUGUGCUGUUAAAAAUUCCAGCCAAGGAAGAACUAGUCUCUAAUACUGCUACUCAAAUUCAAGAUAAAGCUAUUCCUGUUGCAUUGGAAGAAUACGAAAUUCCAAGAGGGAAAUGUGCAACUGAAGAGUUGUCUGUUGGUGUUAAUUUGGUCACUGAAGUGGAAAAGGACAUUGAUUCAGAUAAUGGGGUGAUGAUAGAUGAAGUGAACAAAAUAUGUCAGACUACAACUGAAGAGGAGGAAUCUUCUUAUAGCCCGGUUAUGCAAAUAAGUCAAUCUAAUUCUGUUCCAAUAAAAAAAUGUUCUGAAACUGAAGAAUCUUGCACUGCAGAAAAUAUGGUCAAAGGUCAAGAAGUUUGUUCAUUGCAUGAACUGAAAAUCAUCAAACCCACUGUGAUAGACCCCAUAUCAACGUCUGGGAAGGGCAGAAAAAGGAAGAAUGAACUAGAGCAGAUAACAGACCAUAAAUUAAAUUGCCACGGGUUUAUUAAAAGCCCAUGUGAAGGAUUGAGGCCGAGGAGUGGAAAAGAUGCAACAUGCAGAAAUGGGAUUGAUAUUAGAAAAUCAAUUGAGGAGAAUCUGAUAACAAAGAAGGCAAGAAAAGCUUCUGAUGUUUCAGUACCUUGUGCAAAAAAUAAAGAAACCAUGAAGAGAUAUCAUAAGUGUGACCUAGAAGGUUGCACCAUGAGUUUUGAGACAAAGGCAGAUCUAUUGCUGCACAAGCGCAACCGUUGCCCAUAUGAAGGUUGCAGGAAGAGAUUUAGUUCCCACAAAUAUGCAAUAAUUCAUCAACGCGUUCAUGAAGAUGAUAGACCCCUCAAGUGCCCUUGGAAGGGUUGUUCCAUGUCAUUCAAGUGGGCAUGGGCGAGAACGGAGCAUAUACGUGUGCAUACUGGAGAAAAGCCAUACAAGUGCAAGGUUGAAGGCUGUGGUCUUUCUUUCAGGUUUGUGUCUGACUUUAGCCGGCAUAGGAGGAAAACAGGACACUAUGUGAAUACACCUGCUUGAAAAAAUCUGUUAUAUUGUAGGUUGGUUCUGUAUUAUAUGGAAAUGGGAAAUGGAUUUUGGGGCCAAAGAGGCCUGCAAGAUCUUUGUAUAAUCCAGGCGUUUCACCUCAGGUGUAGGCUAGAGUUAGACUGAUCCUUUUGUAGGUUGGCAUUCUCCAAUUAUUUGAAUGCAAACCCUUUUUGUGUUUCAGCUACCCUUUUCUAGAUCAUUCCAUAUCAUACUGUUCUCUUUUGAAUGGCAAUGAGGUUGCAAUAAAACAUAAGCAUCAUCCAUGGCAGCUAAUAGUUCAAGAGAAUUUUACAUGCU